AAAUAAUAAAAGUUCGAUCGAGAAAUGUCUUAUUAAUGAAGUAUUAAAAUGGGUUUGCGAUGCUAUUAAACUAGAAUCAGUAGAAACCUAGACAUUUAAUAUGGUACCCCGCUAACUAUUUGCAUCAACGUCUUGUAUUGUGCGCUCGCGGAUUUUGUAGUUUUGUGUUGUUUUUUUUUGAAACUUAUUUCCAUUGUGACCUGCAUUUGUCCAGUGUUAGCUUACAAAAUAUUGUGAGGAUCUUACAAAACGUUGUUUUCUGGAUUUAUAUUGUUAUUAAAUAAUUUUAAGAUUAAUCAUGAAUGAUUUCAGAAAGAUGUACUCUGAAGAAGACUAUGAUAGCUGCAUCAAUGAUCAAAAUCUGUUGCUGGAGAUCGAUUCUUGCGGACUCGACUUUGAGGGCAUUUCAUCAGGAUUCAUUCCAUCACCAGCUUCGGAGACCAUGGAAAUGGGCACCAAACCUAACCCAGGCACACUGAUGGAAUUUCCUUUCUGUCCCCGAGGGCCUCCACAAAGGAUGAGUUAUCCUGGGGAACUUAAUUUCCAAGUGGAAGUGAACAGCAAUGAUGUACACAAGAAGACAUUUUUGUAUUCCCACCAACUGUGCCGCAUCUACGUGGAUAUGAAGUGCAACUUUAGCGUGCAAUUCAACUGGGACUACUUGAAGGCUCCGCAUAUGUUCGUGCGGUCUACAGUCGUCUUCUCUGACGAGACGCAGGCGGAGAAGCGAGUUGAACGAUGCGUACAGCACUUCCAUGAGAGCUCGACUUCUGGAAUUCAAACAGAAAUUGCCAAAAACGUGCUCCACUCGUCCCGGGAGAUUGGUACCCAGGGCGUCUACUACUGCGGCAAGGUGGAUAUGGCAGACUCCUGGUACUCAGUGCUAGUGGAAUUCGUCAGGACCAGCCCUGAUUCCUGCUCCCAUGCUUACCAGUUCUCCUGCAAGAAUUCUUGUGCAACCGGCAUUAAUAGGCGGGCGAUUGCUAUUAUUUUUACACUGGAAAAUCAUAUGGGUGAAAUCUUCGGGCGUCAGAAGGUAGGAGCGAGGGUCUGCGCCUGUCCUCGUCGAGAUAUGCUCAAAGACGAGACAGCUGAGGGGGUGUACAAGACUGGCAAGAAACGCAUCCCCUCUAACCAGAUUGAUCCGCCUAAGACGAAGAAGAUCAAAGUCGAGAAUCUCAUGGAGUUUGAUGAUGCUGUCCAUAAACUGCCUCCGUUGCAAAUCGUGGGGUCCAGAGCGAUGCUAUGCGGCCUUAAAGUGAUGUUAGAAAUGAUGGAGCUAGCCGUCGAGUGUCGAAAGAAUGACCCAGAGUCGACGGCCCUACACGAAAAACCUAUCUCGGACCUCAGAGAUACCAUCAAAAAAUUGGAAAAUGCCAAAAAACCGCCACAGUAAUAUUUUUUGUACCUUUUUUAUAUUUUUAGUGUAGUUUUUUUUUUAGUUAAAUGUAAGUUUGACGUUUUCAUUUUUUUUUUAAUAUGUUUCGAUUUUUAACACCCAGUUUUAGUUGACAUUUUUGUAUUUUUGACAUAAUCAUGACUUUUAUCUUUACAAGUACAAGCAGUGCCUUUCCCGUAAUUUUAUAAUGUUGCAAUGUUCCUCAUACCUGCAAGUUGAAAGCCGCAUAAUACUACUGUUAUUUUAUCGCAUUAUCAUGUAUGAUCUGAUAAAUAUAUCUGCAAAACACUUUUUCGCAGAGAAAUCAAAAUUUUACCACUGAAA